GCUCAGCACCCAACGGAUCCCCCAGCGGAUCGCCGCUGCCGCCUCCUCUUCUGCACACUCUCCACUCCUCCUCUUCCUCGCCCACUUACUGGAGCAACCAGCGCAUCUUCUGGACUCGUCUACUCCCUGGACUCUGUGGCAGCCCAUCUCGUUCAUUUGGAUUAAGCGUGACCAAAAUGCUGCUGGGUGAGGCCUGAGUACCAUGACGAGCGGCCAGGACGUUUGGGUCACGUUGACCCCGGCAGAAUUCGCCCUCUUGCAAGAAUACACUCAAUACUCGACCAAGAAACUGAAAGACGUGCUGCAGGAGUUCCACGGCGAUGGCGUGCUGGCCAAAUACAAUCCAGAGGAGAAACAAGAAAUCCUCAGCCAGGAGAUUGACUUUGAGGGCUUCAAGGUGUUCAUGCAGACCUUCCUGGAGAGCGAGCUGCCGCACGAGUUCUGCCAGCAUCUUUUUUUGUCCUUUAGCAACAAGGACCAUGCCAGCCCGUCCUCGUCCUCCGACAAGCCCAAAGUCGCUGGACUCAAGCUGAUCAAAAGCAACUCGACCCCACUGAGGCCGAGCGCCCUACCCGGGCCGCAGAGCACGGUGCAGCUCAAAGACAUCGUGUGCUACCUGUCGCUGCUGGAAGGAGGACGGCCAGAGGACAAACUGGAGUUUAUGUUUCGUCUCUAUGAUACAGACGGAAACGGCUCUCUGGACAGCUCGGAGCUGGAGCACAUCAUCUCGCAGAUGAUGCACGUGGCCGAGUACCUGGAAUGGGAUGUGACCGAGCUCAAACCUAUCCUCCAGGAAAUGAUGCAGGAGAUCGACUAUGACCACGAUGGCACCGUGUCUCUGGAAGAGUGGAUCCGAGGAGGGAUGACCACCAUCCCGCUUCUGGUCCUGUUGGGUCUGGAGACUAAUGUGAAAGAUGACGGUCAACACGUGUGGCGUCUGAAGCACUUCAACAAGCCGGCCUACUGCAACCUUUGCCUCAACAUGCUCAUCGGCCUCGGCAAGCAGGGACUCUGCUGUUCAUUCUGCAAGUACACGGUCCACGAGCGCUGCGUGGCCCGCGCGCCGCCCUCCUGCAUCAAAACCUACGUCAAAUCCAAGAAAAACACCGAGGUCAUGCAUCACUUCUGGGUGGAGGGGAACUGCCCCAACAAGUGUGACAAGUGCCACAAAACCAUUAAGUGUUACCAGGGCCUAACUGGGCUGCAUUGCGUGUGGUGUCAAAUCACGCUCCAUAACAAGUGUGCCUCCCACGUGAAACCCGAGUGUGACUGUGGUCCUCUAAGGGAUCACAUCCUCCCGCCAAACUCCAUCUGUCCCGUCGUCCUGGUGAGACCUCUUUUCUUUUUUCCUGGUCUGACAUUUAAUUCCUUCCACCUCCGCCCUCCAAAAAAAAAUAUUUUUCAGGAAAGGCAGUCGACUCUUAGGAAGGACUCACGGUGCAGCCUGUCGAGUCGCGGAAAGGUCCAGAGAGCCAAUUCUGUGACGGUGGACGGUCAAGGCCUGCAGAUCACGACAAUAGAGGGCACUCAUCCGCUGCUGGUGUUUGUCAAUCCAAAGAGCGGCGGCAAACAGGGAGAGAGGAUCUACAGGAAGUUCCAGUACCUCUUAAACCCGAGGCAGGUGUACAACCUAGCUAAGAACGGACCCAUGCCCGGGUUGAAUUUCUUCCGAGACGUUCCCGAUUUCCGGGUGCUGGCGUGCGGCGGGGACGGCACGGUGGGCUGGAUCCUGGACUUUAUAGAUAAGGCCAACUUGGACCGGAACCCGCCCGUCUGUGUACUUCCGCUUGGCACAGGAAAUGACCUGGCCCGAUGUCUGCGCUGGGGAGGAGGCUACGAGGGCGAGAGCCUGCUCAAGAUCCUACGUGACAUCGAAAACAGCAGCGAGGUCAUGCUGGACCGCUGGAAGAUUGACGUCACGGCCACCGACAAGGACGAGCGAGGCGAUCCGGUGCCGUACAGCAUCGUCAACAACUACUUCUCCAUCGGAGUGGACGCCUCGAUCGCACAUCGUUUUCACGUGAUGAGGGAGAAGCACCCGGAGAAAUUUAACAGCAGAACAAAGAACAAGCUGUGGUACUUUGAGUUCGGCACUUCAGAAACCUUCUCGGCCACGUGCAAGAAGUUACACGACUUCCUGGAGGUUGAGUGCGACGGCGUGACCCUGGACCUGAGCUCCGUCUCCUUAGAGGGCAUCGCCAUCCUCAACAUACCCAGCAUGCACGGCGGCUCCAACCUGUGGGGCGAAAGCAAAAAGAGAAGGGGUCACCACCGUAAGGCGGCCAAGAAGGGCCUGGAGAGGAGGACGCCUUUGACCGACCCCAAGGAGCUCAUGUUUGCAGUUCAAGACCUGUCCGAUCAGCUGCUGGAGGUGGUCGGCCUCGAGGGGGCCAUGGAGAUGGGUCAGAUCUACACGGGUCUGAAGAGCGCCGGAAGACGCCUGGCGCAGUGCUCCUCCGUCACCAUCAGAACCAGUAAAUCCCUUCCCAUGCAGAUUGAUGGUGAACCUUGGAUGCAGACUCCAUGCACCAUCGAGAUCAUCCACAAGAACCAAGCGCCCAUGCUGAUGGGUCCUCAGCAGAGUCGAAGCUUCUUCUCCUCGGUGGUGAGGAGAAGGCGGGCCGAGAGCAAUGACUGAUCCCUGGAAUUGCUUCACAGGUUCUCCAAGUUCUCGUCACAAAAUUUAUCCCAGCCUCUCUGGGACCGGUUAGGAGGUGCGUGGGGCUCGCGUGCUUGCCUGCUUGAUAGCCCAGCGUGCCGUAGCAAAACUUAGGUUCUGCCAGGUGGGUCUCGGAGUGCUGUUUAGAUCCACGAGUCUGGUUUUUGUUUGUUUUUAAAUAUUGAUUAUUUAUUUAAUUGUUGCUUUUGGGUUAUGGCGGACAAAUGUGUUUUGUCAUGAGGCCUCUGCCCAUGUGUUUUUACGGUGGUACUUAGCAGUUUUUCAAGUUAGGAGCCAUGGCUUGGUCGAUAUUUUUAUGCUUUGUCCUGUCUGCCGGAAGUUGAUUUGAGAUUCACUGGCGGGGCUAGGAUUUUUUUUUCCUUGGUGGAGGUCUUCCGAAAAUAUUCCCUACGGUAGACAUCUGGAAAUUUCCAGAAAGAUCGGAAAAUACCAAAAAGUCAAUUGACUGGCUGGCAUCUGGGGGUUGAAGAAAAGAAACUAGUCAAUUUAGUUACAAGCUGGUUCACUGAACGGAUAAAACUUUGAAGCCAAGGUAACACUGGAUUAAAUUGUGAUUAUUUAUUCUUAUUUAUUUUUCUGCACUUCAGAUGUGAAUUGUUUUCUCUGCAUUUGUUGGUCGCCUUGCACGUGUUACCUUUUCCUGUUCAUGGCUCACUCCUGCCAUUUGUCAUUGAUAGUUCCGAAAAAAAAAAAUACAUGCAUGGCACUUCUUUUACAGGAAUGGACGGCUUUAACCAGAUACUCGUGUUCUAUUUGAGUGGAUAAAUCCGCUCAAAUGAUUUUGUGGUGCAGACAGUCCAAUAAGAAGGUAACAUGCCUUAAUUGAUUUUUCUUCAGUGAUUUUUGUUCAGUUCGUUCACGCACAACAAAAACAAAACACAAAAUAAGUAUUGAAUAGGACUGUAAUUAACGGGACAGAAUGUUCAGUUCAAAGUGCCACAUCGACAUUUUGUAUUUUUUGGAAGAUGAGCGAAAUCAUGUAUACCGUGAAACAAAUAUUUUAUUAAUUUAUAGCAACUGAUUUUUUUCUUUCUUUUUCGGAAAUAAUAUUUUGUCUUCCAAGGAGUAAACAAAUGUACACACUUACAUAAAGUAUAUUUAUUCAUAUCAAGCUGCUGAAGUAGGAAAAUGCAAUCAGUUGUCUUUUCACAGUAAAAUAAAAAGAAAUCAGUAAAAUAUCAAUUAUUUAUAUAUACACUAAAAUAAAUAUAUUUAUUUUAAUACCAGUUGAAUUAUUUUUUUUUCCCCUAAAAAAGUUUCACUGUUCAAAUAUAAACUGGUCCAAAAUGAUCGCUCAUCCGCAUCUGCGGACCACGGCCACCGUUUGACUAGCAUGGCGUGUGCUCGGUAAAUGUCACCAUUGCACGGUUCUUGCAUGAUUUUUACACUCUUUCGAUGUGUCAAACGAGUCUUUAGUUGGUAUUUUUGAACACGUUUUUUUUUCUCUUCUUCACUUUGGAAACUACUGCCACGUGUUAUUUCUCCCUAGAGGGGAACAAAAUGCCUGUUGAUGUCAACUAAGAUAAUACUGUAAUUGAAUUGUCAAAUAAAAAAAAAAAAAAAGACA